CAGGAACCACUGGAGUGAGUUUCUACUUCCACCCAAACAGCAGCAGCAAAACAGCAAAAAAAGAAGAUGGCAAGACUAUUGAAACUUUUCUUCCCAGGUCUUGUGGCUGUGUGUGCCGUGCAUGGAAUAUUUAUGGACAGACUUGCUUCCAAGAAGCUCUGUGCAGAUGACGAGUGUGUCUAUACUAUUUCUCUGGCCAGAGCUCAAGAAGAUUACAAUGCCCCAGACUGUAGAUUUAUUAACGUUAAAAAAGGGCAGCAGAUCUAUGUUUACUCAAAGCUGGUAAAAGAAAAUCAAGCUGGAGAAUUUUGGGCUGGCAGUGUUUACGGCGAUCGCCAUGAGGAUGAGAUGGGAACCGUGGGUUAUUUCCCCAGCAACUUGGUUGAGGAGCAACACGUGUACCAGGAAGCCACCAAGGAAGUCCCUACCACGGAUAUUGACUUCUUCUGCGAGUAAGAAAUUAGACAAAUCUGGAGACAGACAGAAAACACCAAAAAUAAAGAUAAAAUGAAAAUAACCAAAAAAAUACAUGUCCCCAAUUUCUGACUUUUGUUUCCAGGGUUUGUUAUCUUACAGGAGGGCUGGGGCUUAGGGCUGGAGGUGGCAGAUAAAGGAGGGGUUUCAACUCAGUCUUGCUUUCUGCAGGCCUGGUCUUCCCACCCUCUGGGCCAGGGCGAUGUUCUGCUCAAGUGGGCGAAUUGAAAGCAGAGAAUUAUUUUUCAGCCUUGAAAAUCUUCUCUUACACAGGAGGCAUAGAGAAGAUGGUUUAUUUGUAGCUAUUUCUAAAUAGUAAUUCUUCCCAGCUCUUUGGCUCCCUGUAUAAACUUGGUAGAUCAUAGGUCUUCCCUUUGGACAUGAUGUUUUCUACUUAUUUAUAAGUCUCUCUGGCUAAUUGGAGUGUUAUAAAGUACCCAAAGGGGCUGUAUCACCAAGGAGUAUUCUAGAAUUGUUGUUACUUUUAAUAUUUGAUGCCUUUGGGAUGUGAAGCUGUUGGAGGGAGGGAAGAGCUGUUAUUUCAGACAAAUUAUUUCUCAUAAGUUAUUUCAAUUGAAUAAUUUUCCUUUCUAAAUGAUCAAUUUGCCUCUCUCCAAAUUUUAAUUAAGUAUGUGUGUAUGUAGUGGGAGUGGGGAAGUUUAUGAAAUAUUUUUAAUGGAAUUAAGUUUCCCCUUAACAUGUGCUGUCACUGGAUGUCAUUCAAGCUUCAAGUCGAAAGACAAGGCAAAAAAAAAAAAAAAAGUCUGUGGGUUAUUUUCUCUAUUUCUAUUUCAACUUUAAAUUUCCUCUUGCUGUCAAGGAUGAUGUGUCAAGAAAUAUGGUCAGGGGAUGCAGAUCUGGUGGUCCCAAUGGACCCACACGUUUUUCUAUAUUUAACUGGAAAUCUGCUUUGAUUGUGUAUUGCUAAUGUAAUUCUUUUGAUGUAGUCGUGAAUUUUUGUUUGUUUACAUGUAAUUAAAAUGCAUGUACUGUAUUAAAAAAAUUCACAAUU